CUGAGGGAAGAGCCAGCCCGGGGAGUCAGUCACAUUCCUGGCUGGGAUUCAAUGACUGAACCAGACACAAACAAACAGAGAGGGCGAGAGAGAGAGAGAGAGAGAGAGAGAGAGAGAGAGAGAGAGCGAGAAGGAGAGAGAGAGGGGGAGACAGACUGAGAGUACGCCAGACUGAGCAGACGAGCCGUAUUUCGGGCGCACAUUUUGGAGUGCGUAAAACCGCACGAGCGCACGGAAACACACUAACCCGAGAUUGCGCGUUGGAUAAAGCGACUUUUUCGAAUCUCGGGAGUUGUCGACUUUAAUUCCGCGCGCCGACAGGAACUGGUUCAUGUGAAUUCAGCAGCCCUCGGUUUUUCUGAAUGGACGCGCUGGGAAGCUUCUCCGGUGACAUGGAAAUGCGUGUUAUUGAGCGUGUGGCCGGAUGCUGAGGACGCCCGAUCCGAUAAGUCGAAUCCAUCUUUCAUUUUGAGUUUUUGAACUCUGGUUUGUGAGCGGCUACAACAUGGAGGGCACCAGCUUCCAGCCCCAUCCCGGACUUCAGCAAACUCUCAAGCAGUUUCAUCUGAGUUCCAUGCGCUCGCUCGGCGGACCGGCCGCGUUCUCCGCCCGGUGGCACCAGGACUCGCUCUUCGGCAAAGAUGUCAAAUCCGCCGAGAUGAUGCUCACCAUGCCGCCGCAGACGCCCCCGGUGAUGUCCGGUCCACUUUUCAUCCCGUCCGACCGCUCCACGGAGAGGUGCGAGACGGUGCUGGAGCGGGAGCCCAUCUCCUGCUUCGUGGUGGGCGGCGAGAAGCGGCUGUGCCUGCCGCAGAUCCUCAACAGCGUCCUGAGAGACUUCUCGCUCCAGCAGAUCAACUCGGUGUGCGACGACCUGCACAUCUACUGCUCCCGGUGCACGGCGGACCAGCUGGAGAUCCUCAAAGUGGUGGGGAUCCUGCCCUUCUCGGCCCCGUCCUGCGGGCUGAUCACGCAGACGGAUGCCGAGCGCCUGUGCAACGCGCUCAUCUACGGCGGCUCGUACCCGCCUCACUGCAACAAGGAGUUCGGCUCCCUGGAGCUGGAGCGCACCGAGAGGAGCUUCAAGGUCUACCACGAAUGUUUCGGCCGCUGCAAAGGCUUGUUCGUCCCGGAGCUGUACACCAGCCCGAGUGCAGCCUGCGUCCAGUGCAUGGACUGCAGACUCAUGUUCCCCCCUCACAAGUUUGUGGUGCACAGUCACAAGAGACUCGAGAACCGGACAGUCCACUGGGGGUUCGACUCGGCCAACUGGCGGGCCUAUGUGCUCUUGGACCCGGACUACACCGGCAAAGAGGAGAAGAGUCACCUGGAGCAGCUGCUUAAAGAGUCAAAAGGAAAAUAUGAUGUGACGCGCAAGCUGUCCAGUAAAUCCUGCAGAUCUCCCAGCCCCGUCGCAGCCAAGAGGUCCAAAUUCGACAAAUUGCAAUCUCCGUCAGCCGAAAAAGACAGGAAACCUGACUGGUUACAGUCACUGGCCAAGUCUGCACACAAGGAUCUGAAACAAGUCCAACUGAAACAGAGGCCCUCUGCUUUCCGCCCCUGGUCUCCUAAAGCUGCAGAGAAAGAGAAACCAGCCUCUCAGAGUGAGGUGGAGAGGUCCUACUCUAAGAAUCAGGAGGCUUUGACGGAUCCUAAUCUGACACCCGCUCCCCUGGUCCAUCCCAGGGAGAGCCCCGCUCCUGGCAGGGGACUGACAGCCAUUUCCAGGCCGCCACAGGAGCUGCAUAAUGGAGACGUACAGCCUGCAGCAAAACCGGCCCCUUCCAGUCCCAGCAAACAAGCUGACAGCAUGGACACCGAUGGAGAGAUUGAUGUGGACGACUGCGAUGAUCGUCCAGAGCCACCCUCCUCCCUGGCUUCUCCUCCGUCAGCCUGCACCAGCGUGUCUCAGACUCUCACCCCGCAGAGUGUCACUCGAGCUCAGGAGGGACCUGUCUGGCUGUCAGGGCCCGUUUGCCCAGAUAUGGACUCCCUGAGACAGAUGCUGUACGCAGGCCUGGACAGCAAAGAAGCUCGUGAGAAGCUGCUGCAGGAGAUUGUCAAGAUGAGAGUGAAGCAGGAGGAAAAACUGGCAGUUGCUGUACAAGCUAAACGCAGCCUUCAGCAGGAAUUAGAGUUUGUGAGGGUGGCUAAGAAAGGACGCCUUCGUGAGGCCAUUGAAGCCAAGCGCAACCUGCGAAAGGAGAUCGAACGCCUUCGUGUGGAUUGGGAGAGGAAGAUGAGGGAUGCAGAGGAGUCGUGUGAGCGGCUGAAGGGAGAGCUGGAGAGGGAGAGGCAGCUGCGAGUUUGUGACAAAGGCUGUGAGGCAGAGCGUCUCCGGGUCAAGUACUCUACUCAGAUUGAAGAGCUUCAUGUGCAGCUCCAGCAAGCAGAAUCUGACCGCGAGCAGCUGAGGCAGGAGCUCCAGCAGGAGCGAGAAGCUCGGCAGAGCCUGGAGAGCGUUGUUAAAGACCUGCAAAUCCAGCUGGCGCUGCAGGCCGACGGCAGCCCCCCCGGAGACCCCAACGACGCAAACACAGAUAAACACAGACAGAGCGCACAACUCACCAACGGAUCCUAAAGUUGCACAUUCAGAACUGGAGAAAAGGACUCAAAACAAAAGGAGUAUGAUUAAUGGACUUUGUUGCACCUCCUGUUAUUGAAAAGAGACUCGACGGUGUCAGUUUUGUAAGAGGAAAAAAAAUCUGUCAUAUAUAAUAUGAUAUGAUACUACAUGAUAUUAUUAUGACAAUAUAUGAAUAUAAUGAAAUGAACUGGAAAGUAGCAUGAUGUCUCAGCAUGUUGUCGAGCAUUAGAAAGACUUCUUCAGCGAUGAACACAUCUCUCCAGUGACGUCAGACCCCUGACGCUGUCCACGGACUCUAUUUUGGUAUAAGCUAUUCUACGAUGUGCAAAUAUAGCCACAUAACACUACUUGAAUAUGAAGGGAAGGAACAAGUUGCGCCUGGUGAAACAUGAGCAGAUGACGAAACUCUCAGUGCCACAGAAUAUUGGUACACUCAAAGGUGUCAUUGCAGACCACUGGAAACAAGAGACACCAGUUUACCACUAUUUACUUUUAAUAUCCGCUUGCUUUUUAUAACUGUGUAGAGGAUGUACUUUUUAAGAAAUAUUGCUUGCGCAGCACUGUUAUUCCACAGGCAAGAAAAAAACAUCCAUAUACAAACAUGUACGCGUGUAUACGAGCUUGUCUACCUUUUGUAUUUUAUAAACCUGAAGUAUUGGAGGUUACGUGGGCUGCCUUCAGGUCCACCACUGUUUUAUGCUUUAGAUAUUUUAUGGAAGUGUUACUUUUUAAUAUUAUGACGCAACUUUAUUUGUUGUUUGAACAUUGUUUUUUUCCAGUAAUGUUUUUUGCAACCAAAUCAUGUGAUAAAUAGUUAAAAUUCUUGCCCACAUUAGUGCAGAUAAGUCUACAGAUGCCCUUCUAAAAGAAAAAAAAAAACUUCGACGGCUGCCUGUAUUUGUUGAAAUGCGGUACUUCUGAUUUUCUAUUGAGUAUUGUAAAAUAAUUUAUAUUCUAUAAUAAUUUGCUGCCUAUUAACAGAAAGCAUUCAUUUUUAGUCACUGGUUUUAGGCUCUUAAAUCAACAAAUGCUGUUUAUAUGAACAACAUUUCUACAUAUAUACAAAAUAUGGAUAUAUAUUUUUUUACUUUAAGAAAAGGAAUUGCACUUUUUAAAGAAAAGAACCUUGCAUUGUGCAUUGUACUCCCUGUUACUUUUUUUUAAAUCACAAGUUAACAUGAACUUGGAAUUUAAGCAUACUUUCCCUCAGUAUCCUCUGAUGUACAUACAAUGAUAUUGUAAAUAAGAUAUUUGUUGGUAUGUUUGCUUGCUCCAGACUUAAACUGAUUAUGAAUAUUAUUUCUUGCUCUUACUUGAAACCAAAAAGAGACUAUAUUUGGAUUUGCAAUUUCAAUGUCGUAUCCCUGAAUAUCAUUGCAAUCACAGGGCAUUUACCAGAAUGGGUGGUAAACCAUAAAUAUAGUCACGAACUUGACCUAUCAGUAGAGUUUGUAGAUUUGAAACAGAUUAUAAUUUCUCCCUUGAUUUUGUUUAUUUGAGAAGAAUCUUUAUUAUUUGAUGAAUUAUAGAGUAUAUAUGACACCACAGACCAAAAACUGAAUAAUGGAUUUGAAUUCUCUGCACCUCCAACCUCCCUUCAAAUAGAUUAGAAGCGACACCUUUUCGUGGUUUCAACUUUAGGUGCUCUCGUAUAUAUAUAAAUAUAUAUAUAGACAAGAAACACUUUUAUGUCUUAUCAUUAUGAUACCCUCGCUCAGUAUUUGUUGGGUACAGUGUAAUAGCAAUAUCCAUUUUGUUAGCUGAUACUGUUGUAGUUUUGGUUUGGAAGUGAGGUUUCACUUGCCUCUUACAAUGUUUUUGUUUUUCCUUCGAAAAACUUGUAUAAUACCCAUUAAAAUCUAAAUCAAUCCUA